AUGAUAUGGUAUCACAACCUACUCCCUGAUUUCAUUGAUUCAUUUGCUAUGCUUACGGAUGCCUUCGUAAAAGCUCAUGCAAGGGCCAUCAAGGUAGAGACUAAAAAAUUAGACCUUUUAAAUGUGAAACAAAGGGAUAACGAAAUGCUUAGGGAAUUCGUGUUGAGGUUUCAGAUGGAUCGAAUGGACCUGCCGUCAGUUGCGGACGAUUGGGCUGUUCUGGUACCAAUCAAAAACAGAGUCGAGGAUGAUCAACUCGGGGCACCCUCUGGAUCCGCAUAUCCCAUCAGAACUAAUGACAGGUCUAAAAGAGUCGUCGAUCAUGAAACAAGACCAAGUAAAGAUCGGUAUCAACUGUAUAGGAGGGAUCGAAGGAGCGACGGAUACGGAUAUAACUAUGCGAGGAAUGAAAAAAACGAUCGAGGUCAUAAUAGUUGGGGACUCAUGGGCAAAAACGGUUUCGACCGGCCACUCGGGGCCAGGGAGGCACCGAGGUUAUCGGAAUGCAACUUCAGUGUCGAUGCUGCCGGCAUCGUAUCUUCCAUCGGACGCAUUAAAGAUACCAAGUGGCCUCGGCCAUUGCAUUCUGAUCUUGCCCAAAGAGUCCCUAACCUGAUGUGCAGGUAUCAUGGCAGUCAUGGCCACAGGAACGAAGACUGCCGAGAACUGAGAGAAGAGGUAGCUCGAUUAUUCAAUAACAGACACCUCGGGGAAUUUCUGAGUGAUCGAGCCAAAAAUCACUUCAGGAAUGGGGACUCCAACAAGCAGACCAAGUAA